UUUAGAAGGGCCAACGGUUCGCCUAUUUAAACCCGGGGAACCCGACCUCUCUUCUUCCCCCUCCGCCUUCGAUUUCGCCAUUCCUCUCUUCGAGGAAAAACCCCAGCUUUUGCCCUCCUUCGAUCUCUCGCUGCGUCCCUAUUGAUCUCUUCCGCAUUGCGUAUUUGAUAUUUGGACGUUUGAAUCCGUCCUAGUAGAUCGAAAUGGAAUUUGAGGACCGAUACCGACCGGCUCAGACACCUAAUUAUGAUUGCCUUCUCUUUGAUCUCGACGAUACUCUAUACCCUUACGGCUCUGGCAUAGCAACCGAGUGCCGCAAAAACAUUGGAGAUUAUAUGAUCGAGAAGCUAGGGAUUGAGGAGAGCAAGAUCUCAGACAUGUGUAAUAUACUGUACAAGCACUAUGGGACAACCAUGGCCGGUCUCAGGGCCAUUGGCUACACUUUUGAUUAUGAUGAUUACCACAGUUUUGUUCAUGGAAGAUUACCUUAUGACAAGUUGAAGCCAGAUCCUAUCCUUAGACAUCUUCUCCUAAGCCUGCCAAUUCGCAAAGUGAUUUUCACAAAUGCUGAUAAGGUCCAUGCAGCCAAAGUACUUAGCAAGCUGGGGUUGGAAGACUGUUUUGAAGGAAUUAUAUGCUUUGAGACUCUGAAUCCACCAACUGAUCCGUCUUCGCCAUCCGACGCACCAGCCACAGCAGACGUCUUCGACAUCCUCAAGCACUUCUCUCAGCCAGAUGCUGGUUCCGAUCUACCGAAGACACCAAUUCGGUGCAAACCAUCCACAGAUUCUAUGGAGCAUGCUCUCAGAAUCGCCAACAUUAACCCCCAGAGAACAAUUUUCUUUGAUGACAGUGUCCGCAAUAUCCAGUCAGGCAAACGCAUUGGUCUCCAUACAGUGCUGGUGGGCACUUCGCAUAGAGUCAAAGGUGCAGACCAUUCAUUGGAGAACAUCCACAACAUCAGGGAAGCGUUGCCUGAGCUGUGGGAGGAUGCUGAGAAAUCAGAGGAUGUCCGAUACAAGGGCAAGCUUGCAAUCGAGACAUCUGUGACUGCUUAAUGCUUUUUGCUUCCAUCUAAUUCGUCUCAGAUGGAGAGGACUCAUCCUCGCAACCUAGCUCUGCUUGCUUGCUUCAUCCUUGUAAUUAUGGUUGGAGGAGGAGUGAUGUUUGGAAUGGGCAGGAUGCACCCCCAUUUUGUCAAUUGAUAUGUAUGCAAUAUUAUUGAGAAAUAAAUAUUGUUAUUUUCUAUACCCUAUAGCUGGGUGGAUUUAACGUUACAUUGUUGUCAA